AUGAGUUCUCAACUCAACAAGAAAUUGGUUCUUGAAAUCUUCACAUUCACGAUGCUUAGAUAUGCAUGGGAAAAGAACACGAAGCAACGAAAGCAACCAAAAAGAAAUGAACUUUCUGUUAUUCUUUGUCUUCUCAUCUCACUUCUUCGCUAUAGCAUGAAUUGUCAAAAGUUGUCAUAA